GGGCAGCGGCCGGCUGGCAGGCGACUUGGCGCCUCCGAAGUUAUGGAACCGCACUCUCCUAGGAUAGGAGGCCGUCCAGCCAAUAAGGCUGCCAUCCCGCUGACUGCGAGGCUUUCCUUCUUCACUCUCCGGGGAUAACAGUUUGGACAGCUUCCGGCCGGAGACCAUUAGAAAAGACACCCGGAAGGCGGAAGUCUUAGGGCGGAAGUGGCCGAGAGAAAAGGAGAAUGGCGGCCGGAGCCUGGCUUAGGCGCUGGGGCUGGGGCUGGGGUCAGCGGUGCCCAGGGAGGCCUGGGCUUCCUGGCCCCGGCCCAGGCCCCACUGCACUUCUACAUCUUCUUCUGCUGCUGGGGCCGGUGGCUGCGGAUAUAACCGACGGCAACAGCGAGCACCUCAAGCGGGAGCACUCGCUCAUCAAGCCCUACCAAGGGGUCGGCUCCAGUUCCAUGCCGCUCUGGGACUUCCAAGGCAGCACAAUGCUAACGAGCCAGUACGUGCGUCUGACCCCUGACGAGCGCAGCAAAGAGGGCUCUAUUUGGAACCACCAGCCGUGUUUCCUCAAGGACUGGGAGAUGCAUGUCCACUUCAAAGUCCAUGGUGCAGGGAAGAAGAAUCUUCAUGGCGACGGCAUCGCCUUGUGGUACACCCGAGACCGCCUUGUACCAGGGCCUGUGUUUGGAAGCAAAGACAACUUCCAUGGUUUAGCCAUCUUCCUGGACACAUACCCCAACGAUGAGACCACGGAGCGCGUGUUCCCGUACAUCUCGGUGAUGGUGAACAAUGGCUCUCUGUCAUACGACCAUAGCAAAGACGGGCGCUGGAGUGAGCUGGCAGGCUGCACAGCGGACUUCCGGAACCGGGACCACGAUACCUUCCUUGCCGUCCGCUAUUCCCGAGGCCGCCUCACGGUGAUGACUGACUUGGAGGACAAGAACGAGUGGAAGAACUGCAUCGACAUCACGGGGGUGCGCCUGCCCACCGGUUACUACUUUGGGGCCUCUGCUGGCACUGGAGACCUGUCUGACAACCACGACAUCAUUUCCAUCAAGCUGUUCCAGCUUAUGGUGGAACGAACGCCUGAGGAGGAGAGCAUCGACUGGACCAAGAUCGAGCCUGGUGUCAAUUUCCUCAAGUCCCCCAAAGACAACGUGGAUGACCCCACUGGAAACUUCCGGAGUGGGCCCCUUACGGGGUGGAGGGUGUUUCUGCUGUUGCUGUGCGCGCUCCUGGGUAUCAUCGUCUGUGCGGUGGUGGGCGCCGUGGUGUUUCAGAAGCGACAGGAGCGGAACAAACGUUUCUACUGAGCAGCCAAUCUGGCUGGGAAGGGCCUGACCUUGGGACAGGGCUCUCACGUGAACUUUUUUUCUACUGGGAUUGUAAAACCAACCAACCAACCAACCAACCUUAUUUCUUAACUGUUUCGAAGAAAUAAUUAAAGUAUUUUCAUACAUUUUGCUUCUUGCCCAGCUGAGGCAGCUGGCAGGGCUAGAGUCAGGGCUAGCAUCCACAGCUGGAGGUCUUGCCUGACCCCAAGGCAGGGGAGUGUGUUUUUGGGGCCCAGCUGAGGCCUGCAGGUGCUUGUCAAACACCAGAGGUCCUAAGUGCUCGUGGCUCCUCAGUGCCCACGCAGUGGUUUUGUUCUGAGGCCCGUGGUAGCAAGCAGGGUUCUGGGCCUUCCUGCCUCUAGCUUUUCACACAGGUGGAUUUCAGCAAAGGCUGGAGACAGUUCAGUAGAGCGAGAGUGUGGCCAUUUGCUAAAUUCUCAGCCUCGUGACUGUCCUAAAUAAGGGCUUUGUUCAUUGCUGGUCGUUUCCAGGCCAUUCUCUGUGGCUACCACAUUGCCAGGCGGGAAACAUGAUUCUCAGGCCAAGCAAAACUCACCGUUUCUCCCAGCAUGCAGUGUUUUGGGGAUAGGGCACUAGAUGUGGGCUACACUGAACAGGGACAGUGACAGGAAUUGAGAGAUGCGGAGAUAACCUGGAAGGAGCUGGGCUCAGCAGUGCUGCCCUCCUGGGGACCAUGAGGGACAAAGCCAGGACGAGCGUGAACACCUCCAGCCUUUGCCACCGAGGUUCCUACCUGCGCCAGGCAUAUCCCCACCUCAGAGAACCGUGUUCCCUUGGUCAAGCUCGGGCCACUGCACUGCCCCUUAUCUUCCCACAGUCAAGCAGUCUAGUACAUCACAAGCAAAAGCUGCCAUCUGCUGCAGCAUGGCUUCUGCCGUUCACUUUGCUGCUGCAGGUGGUGGCCGAAGCCCGUGGAGAGAAAACAGCUUUCUUAGUUCCAUCUUCGCUUUCACCCAGCAGAGCUACCCAUUGAGCCGCUGGGAGCCAUCUGUCCUUGGCAGAAACUGCCCGUGCUUAGGUGUCCUGAGGUAGCUCAUGCCAGCUGCCAGCUUCUUCCUAGGUUUACGAGCCUGUCACGAUGCCUCAGAGGGCUGCCCGUUUACCAUGACACCACGAGGGGGCUGCAGAAGCAGUAGUUGGACUGGGGGUGCAGUGGGGGUGUCCGAGCGGUGUGCUGACAGCCCAGCUGAGGCCUGGAGGCUGCUGUGUAAGGCAGCCGCAGUCUGGAAGCACCCGCUCUGACCGUUAGCUCUUGGUUCUGACUCGGCACUCCCAGCAGUCCUGUGGAUCAGCCACCCCGAUGACACCUGCUGCAGUUGGGAAAUGACUCAACGCCACAGAAAAUUGCUGGUGUGAUGGCACACGCCUGCCCCACAGUGCUGGAGGCACACUGCCUCAGGGCUUGCUGGUCCCGGUGGUGACCAUGCCAAAGGUGGCCCCGUGCCAAAAGAGGCGUGUGGCAGAGGAGCACACCCAAACUGUCCUCUGGUCUCCACACCUCUGGCCGAGUAGGUCUUGGAGGCAGGGCAGGACUUGGUGUCGCAGGGCUGUUGGCUUCAGUGGGCUCGCCCUGUCAUUGCACAGCCUCGCUGUACUUGGGAAAGACUGUUUCUAGGUUCAGAGUCCUCUGUACUUUCAUGCAGGAAUGAUUCCACAGUUGGUUUUUUUGGCAUUUGCGCCUAAAAAUUGAGUUACUUCAUCAUGUGACAUUUACGCAGAAAUGUAUGCCCUUGUGUCUGCAGUGCCGUGUGGGGAUGCAGACCUGCCAGCACGUGUGCACCCCGUUGUCCCCGCCCACGGAGAUGGCCACGGAGAUGAUGGCUGUUCAUUUUUCCUGUAAACUGUUGUUCUGUAAAGCUUGUUUUGUUUUGAAGAAGCCUUUAAGUAGUAUUUGGAUGUACCCCUUAGCGCUCCAGCUCAGCACUGCGGGUGUGCCUCCUGGUGGCACGCUGGCGGCUGUGGCUGCGCCGUGUCACCCACCCAGGACUGGGAGAGACCCGGGCGCGGCUUCAAGUGCUCCCCACCCGAGAGCGUGGGCCUGCAGCUGCUGCUCCUUCCCAGUCUCGCUGAGCUUGGGUGCGAGCGCUCCGCCGUGGCUCCUCCGCGAGGCUGCGGGUCUUCGCUUACUGAUCACUUCAUCCUCCAAAGCUUAGCUCUGACCUGGUUCUCGUGCGGAUGGUCAGGAAUUUUCAGUCUUCUGCUUCUAAGCUUUGCAGAGGUUUCUUCCCACGCACUAGGCUUCCUGGUUCACUAAUGACGUCAUUUGAUGUACGAUCUACAUUUAAAUGGCAUUUAUUAAUCUUUUCCAAAGAUGGUUUUCCUGAAGGUUUUUAACUUUUGCCUUUAAAUUUUUGCACUUUGUUGAAGUGGGACUUGGGCAGGAUUGACGUCAUCGUGCUCACCAUCCCCAAAGGCGCCACCCGCUGUAGCAGAGCCUUUCUGACUCACUCAUCCUCCAGCGCCAGGACUGGUUCCCAGACACCCACUCCUGAUGCUCUGCCCUUUUCCGCUCCUCAGCUGGGGUGCUUCCUUCCAGCACGGGAGGUCUCGGGAACCCCGUGGCUCGAGCUGGAGGGGUCUCAUCUUCUUGCCUGGAGUGUGGCAGGACCCCGAGGGCACAGAAACACGUGACUGAGGCUGGAGUGAGCACACACCUGCUAGAUAGGGGUCCUCAAGGUCAGGCCUGAAGAGUGGCCCCAAGCCUUAGACUGUCAGCUGCUGGGUUUGUGUUUGUGAAAGAAAUAAAUUCCUAUUUGUUCA